UCUCGGAACGGUUGUCAUCGGAGGCAGGUUCCUUUCGGCGUGCUAUACACACAACUUACGGUAGUAUCUUCCCGGUUCGUCAGAGGUUCGUCAAGGUGUUUGCUGUAAACGCGUGCGCAAAUUGUUUGUUUGUUUAAAUUUUGUUAGCGAGGAACAUUUUUUAUUUUGCAUCGGUUUCCGGUUACCCAGAAAAGUGGCGUGACGGUCCAAGAAGCGACGAUUGCUGUGAACAAAUGCUUCAUCAUUAUUUUACUGUUAACGGGUGGUGCAGGUGGUUGAUAUAGAGUGAAAAGUGAAACGAAGUGCAGAGUGUGCUGAAAAGCUUCUUCUAUGGACACCAUUGGUGUAAAGAAAGAACGCAGAUAAGCAGAUAAGCGCACCGGAACAAUCUAUCUUACAACGACCACCCUAUCUGAUCAACACGCGCACCAUAUCACCACGACGGACGGAGGAUGGCGGACGAAGGAGGGCAAACGGAGUUGAUGAUGACGCAGGUAGGCGGAGUGGCAAGCAUAGCCGAAGCGUACGCCGGUCGGUCGAUUUUCAUUACCGGCGCAACCGGUUUCAUGGGAAAGAUCAUGGUGGAGAAGUUACUACGUGACUGUGCUGACAUCGGCCGGAUCUACCUGCUGAUACGAGCCAAGAAGGGCAUCGAGCCGAGCCAGCGCAAGGAAGAGUACAUCCGGAACAUUGUGUUUGAUCACGUCCGCGAGAAGCAUGGCGACCGGCUGUCACGGAUCCACCUGAUCCGCGGCGACAUACUGAGCGAGGGGCUAGGCCUAAGUGAGGCGGACCACCGCGAGCUGAUUGACAAUGUGGAGAUGGUGUUCCAUUGUGCGGCAAACGUACGCUUCGAUCAGCACAUCCGACAAGCGGUCGAUAUCAAUCUGAACGGUACGAUACGGGUGCUGAAGCUGGCGGAACAGAUGCGCAAGCUGAUCUCCUUCGUUCAUGUCUCUACUUCUUACUGUCAAUGUAAUGAGGACGUGCUGGAGGAGAAAUACUAUCCGGCACCACAGAACCCGGAAGGAAUCUCGCACAUGGUGGGUCUGCUUGACGAUAACGUUCUGAACUUAAUCACACCGCGGCUGCUCAACAAUCUACCGAACACGUACGCAUACACGAAAGCUCUCACGGAGGAUAUGGUUUAUCAGUAUCGAGGAAAGCUACCGCUGGCCAUUGCCCGUCCAUCGAUAGUUACAGCCGCUAUGCGCGAGCCUUUAGCGGGCUGGGGUGAAGGCACGAACGGACCAACCGGUCUUUUAAUUGGCGCGGGACGGGGUGUGAUCCGGACUAUGUGGUGCAAGGCUGACUAUCUGGCCGAUUUUAUGCCAGUGGAUAUUACCAUGAAUGCUAUCAUCGCUAUCGGCAAGGAACGGAUGAGUAACCCGAAGAAGGACGACGUUAUGUACUACAAUCUUACCUCGUCCGCCGACAAUCCGAUCAACUGGGGUGAGGUGCUGGAGACGGGGCGCAAGGUGCUGAACGAGAAUCCGUUCUGCUUCGCACUCUGGUAUCCGGAUGGUUCAAUCAAAUCCAACUACUUCUAUCACUGGCUGUGCGUAAUAUUCUUCCACUACCUGCCCGCCUAUCUGAUUGACUUCCUGCUAAUUAUACUCCACCGUAAACCUUUCCUCGUAAAGGUACAGAAGCGGAUAUCGGGUGGACUAACGAUACUCCAGUACUACACGACCAAAAAAUGGAUCUUCGAAAAUAACAAUUUUAAAUCGUUGUACCAACGGCUUUCGGAAGAUGACCGGAAGCGAUUCUACUGCGAUGUGACCGAAAUCAACUACAAGACCUAUUUGCACGAUUUCAUACUCGGCGCACGGCAGUAUAUCGUGAAGGAGGCACCGGAAACGUUACCGAAGGCACGGAAACUGCUGCGCAAACUUUACAUCAUGGACAAAAUCGUACAGAUCGGUCUGUAUCUGCUUGGCCUGUGGUUCGCGUGGACGUAUCUUGAGGUCGUUACCGGAUCGAUUCAAUUUGUGUUUGAUUCCGUUAUCGAUUGUUUGCGACCCAGCACCGGUAGCAGUCGGACUGGCCUAUGAUUACAGCACUGCAACCAUGCGCGCAUUCCGCUGAAACCGUGCGUUGGAACCAAAAGGAAUGAUGAUCUUUAGAUGUACAUUUUGUUUAGCUCACCGUUUACCCCGAUUUCUAAGUUACAAUUAACCUUCGAAAUGAAUCAAACCGGCACGGUGCACAUACCGUACGUAGUAUGGCACAAAAGUAGCUACACUUUUUUGUUUUCAUCACUCAGGCAAGGGCCUUGAGACGCGGACGGUCAAGGGCCAGAAUCCGAAGCACUAGGCUACGACUAUCCUGACUAUCGCUUACCCUAGCCAGCAGCUGGGUAGCGCUUGGUGGCAAUAUACUCAAUUUUCCUUUCGCUAACCUUAAGUUACGCACUCAUAUUGUGUUAAAUGUA